GACACUUAUUUUGUUUCACGUUUGGAACACUCACUCUUGAGGCACUCUCAUGCCUGAGAACAUGACCAUGUGGCCAUCACAGCUACUAGUCUUCAUGAUGCUCUUAGCACCGAUAAUUCAUGGUGGCAAGCACAGUGAGCGACAUCCAGCCCUUGCUGCUUCACUGCGACAUGCUGAGCGCAGCCCAGGAGGCGCUCUACCUCCCAGACAUCUCCUUCAGCAGCCAGCUGCGGAGCGUGCCACUGCUCAUCGUGGACAAGGACCCCGUGGAGCUGCCAGAGGAGUUCGUGGUCCAGGUGCCCAAGGAGCUCAGAUCUCAGCCCAAGCCUUCAGCCGUGCCCCAAUUCCAAUGGCUGUGGUCCGCAGAGAGCUCUCCUGUGAGAGCUACCCAAUAGAGCUCCGCUGUCCAGGAACAGAUGUCAUCAUGAUUGAAAGUGCCAACUAUGGGAGGACUGAUGACAAAAUUUGUGACUCUGACCCUGCUCAGAUGGAGAAUAUACGAUGCUAUCUGCCUGAUGCCUAUAAGAUUAUGUCUCAAAGGUGCAAUAACAGAACCCAGUGUGCAGUGGUGGCAGGUCCCGAUGUUUUUCCAGACCCAUGUCCGGGAACCUAUAAAUACCUUGAAGUGCAGUAUGAAUGUGUCCCUUACAAAGUGGAACAAAAAGUUUUUCUUUGUCCUGGACUACUAAAAGGAGUAUACCAGAGUGAACAUUUGUUUGAGUCCGACCACCAAUCUGGGGCAUGGUGCAAAGACCCUCUGCAGGCUUCUGACAAGAUUUAUUAUAUGCCCUGGACCCCCUACAGAACUGAUACCCUGACUGAGUACUCAUCCAAGGAUGACUUCAUUGCUGGAAGGCCAACUACAACCUACAAGCUCCCUCACAGGGUGGAUGGCACAGGAUUUGUAGUGUAUGACGGAGCUUUGUUCUUCAAUAAAGAGCGCACCAGGAACAUAGUAAAGUUUGAUUUGCGGACUAGGAUAAAGAGUGGAGAGGCUAUCAUAGCAAAUGCCAAUUACCAUGAUACCUCCCCUUACCGUUGGGGAGGCAAAUCUGACAUAGACCUGGCAGUGGAUGAGAAUGGGCUAUGGGUAAUCUAUGCAACAGAACAAAACAAUGGUAAAAUUGUCAUUAGUCAGUUGAACCCUUACACCCUACGGAUUGAAGGGACAUGGGAUACUGCAUAUGAUAAAAGGUCAGCUUCCAACGCAUUUAUGAUAUGUGGGAUUCUGUAUGUGGUCAAAUCUGUAUAUGAGGAUGAUGACAAUGAGGCCACAGGGAAUAAGAUUGACUACAUUUACAACACCGACCAAAGCAAGGAUAGUUUGGUGGAUGUACCCUUUCCCAAUUCAUACCAGUACAUAGCAGCUGUGGAUUACAAUCCCAGGGACAACCUUCUUUAUGUAUGGAAUAACUAUCACGUCGUGAAAUAUUCUUUGGAUUUUGGACCUCUGGAUAGUAGAUCAGGACAGGCACAUCAUGGACAGGUACCAUACAUCUCUCCACCAAUUCACCUUGACUCUGAGCUAGAAAGACCCCCUGUUAGAGAUAUCUCUACCACAGGACCUCUUGGCACGGGAAGCACCACUACCAGUACCACCCUUCGGACCACAACUUGGAGCCCAGGCAGGAGUACCACCCCAUCGGUGUCAGGAAGAAGAAACCGGAAUAUCAGCACCGCAUCUCCAGCAGUUGAGGUACUUGAUGACAUUACCACACACCUUCUGUCAGGAUCAUCCCAAAUCCCAGUUCUGGAAGAGAGCUGUGAGGCUGUGGAAGCUCGAGAAAUCAUGUGGUUUAAGACCCGUCAAGGACAGAUGGCAAAGCAGCCGUGCCCUGCAGGAACUAUAGGAGUAUCAACUUAUCUAUGCCUGGCUCCUGAUGGAAUCUGGGAUCCCCAAGGACCAGACCUUAGCAACUGCUCUUCUCCUUGGGUCAGCCAUAUAACACAGAAGUUGAAAUCUGGAGAGACAGCUGCCAAUAUUGCUAGAGAACUGGCUGAACAGACAAGAAAUCACUUGAAUGCUGGAGAUAUCACUUAUUCAGUCCGGGCCAUGGAUCAGCUGGUAGGCCUCCUAGAUGUACAGCUCCGGAACUUGACCCCAGGUGGAAAAGAUAGUGCUGCACGAAGUUUGAACAAGCUUCAGAAAAGAGAGCGCUCUUGCAGAGCCUAUGUCCAGGCAAUGGUCGAGACAGUUAACAACCUCCUCCAGCCACAAGCCUUGAAUGCCUGGAGAGACCUGACUACAAGUGAUCAACUACGUGCAGCCACCAUGUUGCUUGACACUGUGGAGGAAAGUGCUUUUGUGCUGGCUGAUAACCUUUUGAAGACUGACAUCGUCAGGGAGAACACAGACAAUAUUCAAUUGGAGGUUGCAAGGCUGAGCACUGAAGGAAACUUAGAAGACCUAAAGUUUCCAGAAAACAUGGGUCAUGGAAGCACUAUCCAGCUCUCUGCAAAUACUCUAAAACAAAAUGGCCGAAAUGGAGAGAUCAGAGUGGCCUUUGUCCUGUAUAACAACUUGGGUCCUUAUUUGUCCACGGAGAAUGCCAGCAUGAAGUUGGGAACAGAGGCUAUGUCCACCAAUCAUUCUGUUAUCGUCAAUUCCCCAGUUAUUACAGCAGCAAUAAACAAAGAAUUCAGUAAUAAGGUUUAUUUGGCUGAUCCUGUGGUGUUCACUGUUAAACAUAUUAAGCAGUCUGAGGAAAACUUCAAUCCUAACUGUUCAUUUUGGAGCUAUUCCAAGCGCACAAUGACAGGGUAUUGGUCAACCCAAGGCUGUCGGCUCCUGACAACAAAUAAGACACAUACUACAUGCUCUUGUAACCACCUAACGAAUUUUGCAGUACUGAUGGCACAUGUGGAAGUUAAGCACAGUGAUGCGGUCCAUGACCUUCUGCUGGAUGUGAUCACAUGGGUUGGAAUUUUGCUGUCCCUUGUUUGUCUCCUGAUUUGCAUCUUCACAUUUUGCUUUUUCCGUGGGCUCCAGAGUGACCGUAACACCAUCCAUAAGAACCUCUGCAUCAGCCUUUUUGUAGCAGAACUGCUCUUCUUGAUUGGGAUCAACCGAACAGAUCAACCAAUUGCCUGUGCCGUUUUUGCUGCUCUCUUACAUUUCUUCUUCUUGGCUGCCUUCACGUGGAUGUUCCUGGAGGGAGUGCAGCUCUAUAUCAUGCUGGUGGAGGUUUUUGAGAGUGAACAUUCACGAAGGAAAUACUUUUACCUGGUCGGCUAUGGGAUGCCUGCACUCAUUGUGGCUGUGUCAGCUGCAGUAGACUAUAGGAGUUAUGGAACAGAUAAAGUAUGUUGGCUCCGACUUGACACCUACUUCAUUUGGAGUUUUAUAGGACCAGCGACCUUGAUAAUUAUGCUUAAUGUAAUCUUCCUUGGGAUUGCUUUAUAUAAAAUGUUUCAUCACACUGCCAUUCUGAAACCUGAAUCGGGCUGUCUUGAUAAUAUCAACUAUGAGGAUAACAGACCCUUCAUCAAGUCAUGGGUUAUAGGUGCAAUAGCUCUUCUCUGCCUAUUAGGAUUGACCUGGGCCUUUGGACUCAUGUAUAUUAAUGAAAGCACAGUCAUCAUGGCGUAUCUCUUCACCAUUUUCAAUUCUCUACAGGGAAUGUUUAUAUUCAUUUUCCAUUGUGUCCUACAAAAGAAGGUACGAAAAGAGUAUGGGAAAUGUCUGCGAACACAUUGUUGUAGUGGCAAAAGUACAGAGAGCUCCAUUGGCUCAGGGAAAACAUCUGGUUCUCGAACUCCUGGACGGUACUCCACAGGCUCACAGAGCCGAAUUCGUAGGAUGUGGAAUGACACGGUCCGAAAGCAGUCAGAAUCUUCCUUCAUUACUGGAGAUAUAAACAGUUCAGCAUCACUCAACAGAGAGCCCUACAGAGAGACAAAGGGGCUUCUGAACAAUGCCAGGGAUACAAGUGUCAUGGAUACUCUACCACUGAAUGGUAACCAUGGCAAUAGUUACAGCAUUGCCAGUGGCGAAUACUUGAGCAACUGUGUGCAAAUCAUAGACCGUGGCUAUAACCAUAACGAGACCGCCCUAGAGAAAAAGAUUCUGAAGGAACUCACUUCCAACUAUAUCCCGUCUUACCUGAAUAACCAUGAGCGCUCCAGCGAACAGAACAGGAAUCUGAUGAACAAGCUGGUGAAUAACCUGGGCAGUGGGAGUGAAGAUGAUGCCAUUGUCCUGGAUGAUGCCACCUCCUUUAACCAUGAGGAGAGUCUGGGCCUAGAACUUAUUCAUGAGGAAUCUGAUGCUCCUUUGCUGCCCCCAAGAGUUUACUCCACAGAGAACCACCAGCCACAUCAUUACACCAGAAGGCGGAUCCCCCAAGACCACAGUGAGAGCUUUUUCCCUUUGCUAACCAACGAGCACACAGAAGAUCUCCAGUCACCCCAUAGGGACUCUCUCUACACCAGCAUGCCGGCACUGGCUGGUGUGCCCGCCGCAGAGAGCGUUACCACCAGCACCCAGACCGAACCCCCACCGUCCAAAUGUGGUGAUGCCGAAGAUGUUUACUACAAAAGCAUGCCAAACCUAGGCUCCAGAAACCACAUCCAUCAGCUGCAUACCUACUACCAGCUAGGUCGCGGUAGCAGUGAUGGAUUUAUAGUUCCUCCAAACAAAGAUGGGACCCCUCCAGAGGGGAGUUCAAAAGGACCUGCUCAUUUGGUCACUAGCCUAUAG